AUGGAUCAGUACCUUGACUUUUGGAACCUAAUAACCUAUGAUUACGCGGGAAGCUGGGACACCGUUGCCGGUCGCAACGCCAACGUCCACGCAUCCAACAGCAAGCUAGCCAGCACUCCCUUCGACACGGACCAAGCAAUCGACUAUUAUACCUCGCACGGAGUAGCCUCUUAUAAGAUUGUCUUAGGUAUGCCUCUAUAUGGCCGGGCCUUCGCUAACACUAACGGCCCUGGCCAACCUUAUAGCGGCGUUGGUGUUGACUAG